AUUGCUUUCCAAUUUUUUUUAGGGCUUUCCCUUUUCCUUUAUGAGUUUCAGACUGGUAAAGCAUAAGAAUUCCACACCUAGCUAUAGAACUGAAAAUCUCGUGCAAACCAGGACACAAAACCUCCUUGUUCACCUGUGUGAACUGAAAACCUCUGCAUAGAUGCAAGUGAUAAAACUUUAUUCUAGCACAAGUGUCCAAAAGCUUUGUCCAAAAGCUUUGUGCGAAAGGUAAGGGCAUUAUUUUCGUCAUAAGUUAUUAACACCGAGGCCCAUAGAACCGGACCCUACACUCACUUGGUUACAUAAACUUACAUUUCGCUAAAGACAGAGCUCUCUCUCUCUCUGUUGCUCUGCAGUCUGUACCUCUGAAACCAUAGCCCCAACGAUACCACCAACCAAAGAUCUUCUUCAUCCAAUAGUCUCCUCCAAUCGAUUGACUGUCCCAAAAAAGGUCCCACACAUCUUUCACCUCCAAUGGCCGAAACAAAGUGAAAGAUUAUCGAGAAAAAUUGAAAAUGGAAUCAGGGAGACCCCAUCGCACAACAAGCACUAAUAGCAGUAGCACCAGUGAGCUCUUCAUCUGCUUCACCUCGCGGCUUUCCUCCUCUUCCUCCAUGAAGCUCUCCAAAUCCAUCCUCAGCCCAGGCCGUACCAGAGAACCAUCCCAAAUCUCUCUCUCCUCCUCUCUAAGCCGAAGACUGAAAAGCAGUGGCAGCAUGAAGGGCGGCCAGGCGUCGCCAAUGUUCCCAACUGGGGGCAAGAAACGAGGGUGCGCUUUCGAAAACCCGGAGCCUUCGUCCCCCAAAGUGACCUGUAUUGGCCAGGUGAGAGUCAAGACCAAGAAGCAUGGGAAAAAGAUGAGAACGAGAUCGAAAAGAAGAGGCGAAGCGAGCUUCCGGAGAGUGGAGCAGCAAAAUGCGACUGUUGUCACACAUCAAGAGCUUAACAUUCAGAAUAAUGUGAAUGGUCAGUUUCAAAGCCACCAGAUUUUACAACAACAGCAUCAGGAGUGCUUGCCGCAUCGGAACCAAAGAUGGGUACAUCUACCAGUAACAAUUUGCGAAGCUUUGAGGGCUUUCGGUGCUGAGUUGAAUUGUUUCCUACCGUGUCGGUCUUCGUGUAUGACAAGCGAGAGGGAAAAGGAAGAAAAGGCCGCAAGAUCGGACGGCGGUGAGAGUGGAAAUGGAAGUUCUUGUGGGGCUGUGUUUGGGAGGUGGCUGGUGACAAUGCAAGAAGGUGAAGGCAAGGGGAGGGAGAUAGAGUUAGUAGUGGGAGAGGAAGACGGAGUGGCGGAUAGGAGGAGUCACAGUAUGCGGAGGAGGGAGAUUCUUGAUGGGGACUUUGAGAUUAAGGAGCAGGGGAAUGAGGUUGCUCAAGAAGAGGAAGCAAGGGUGAGUAUUUGUAUUCCGCCCAAGAACGCUCUGCUGCUCAUGAGGUGCAGAUCUGACCCGGUGAAAAUGGCGGCCUUGGCGAAUCGGUUUUGGGAGUCCCCGGUUCAGAAAGAUGAGGACGGCGAUGAAGAUGAGCGUCAGAAAGAUGAGGGAGAAGACCAAGAGGAUUUGGUAGUGGGUGAAGAAAGGCAAGGAAAAGUUGAGGUGGAAACAGAGGUAAAAGGGGAUGAGAUUCGUGAAAAGCGGGUUCCUGAUGGUGAAGAGCAUUCACACAUGAUUAUUGAGGAACAAGACGGGGGUGUAGAAGAAAACCCAGAAAGGAGCCCAGAAUAUGUCAAUGAGCUACAAGAACACCAAUUGGAGCAAGAUGAAGACGACGAUAAUGCUGAAGAAGACGUAGAAGACGAGGAAGAAGAAGAGUUAGAGUUGUGCCAGGCGGUACCAGCAGAAGAAUCUCAGUUGAGUUCUUCACCUGAAGAUCUCGUAGCUCGAGAGAACUCGGAGACGGAACAAUACAUGCACAAGCUUGUUCAAAAGGAUGAGGAAGUCCACCAAAAUGAACCCGUGGCCGAACAUAAAGAACCAGAAGCAGAAGAUGACAAAGUAGCUAGCUUUUCAACUUCUUCUGUAAUGUCGGCACAGUCAGAGCAAGAAUCAGAAGCGCAAGAAGAAGGGCAAGAAGAGAAGACUGGAGCUUUAGCCGAAGAAGCAGAGGAGUCAAAGGAGGAGAAAGAGACGCAAGAGAGGCCUCGGGAAGACGGAGAGACAGCGACCCACGAAAAACCCAAACCCGAAGUACCGAGAACCAACGAAGAUAAUCCGAGUUUAGAGUCAAAGAUACGAGAAAGUCGAUCAAAGUCAGAGAGAGGGAGUUCGGGCUUGCCGGAUUGCUUGCUGUUAAUGAUGUGCGAGCCGAAGCUGUCCAUGGAGGUCUCCAAAGAGACCUGGGUUUGCGGUACGGACUUCAUCCGAUGCCUCCCAGAGAGACCGGUCAACAAAACGAACGGCGGAGAUGUGAUCAAGAAACGAGUCAGCACCGAGAAUUCCAAUCCAACGUAUCCGGCGCAGCAGCAGCAACAGCCGCCGCCGCCGCCACCUCUGCAUCCGCCUCGAUCUUCGUGUUCGUUUCCUAUUGCGGCGGCUCCUAGAGCCGGCGCUUCGAUGGCUGGCAUGAUAGAGCAGAAGCUGGUGGGGUCCAAUGGGUACGAGCCGUUCGUUCUGACACGGUGCAAAUCGGAACCGAUGAGGUCGGCGAAAAAGUUCGCACCGGAUGCUUGCUUCUGGAAGAAUCGGAAGCUGGAGCCUCACCGCCCGGCAACGUUUGGGGUGGGCGCGGCUGGGAUCGGGUUCUGAGCCGAGGUAAUUAUGGGAAUCUGAUAAAAAGAAGAAGAAACAAAGGGGGUAGCAAAUUCUGAAUGUGUUUUUACUGUAGUUUUUACAGGGUGCUUUUAUUGCUCUCUCAUGUUUGUAAAUCUCUGUCUAAUGAUUUCCGAGCAAUUUUUUUUUUCUUUUUUUGUUCUUUUUCCUGUUCUUUUUUAUUUUCUUCAUCCAAUUUCCCCCAUUUGGGUAAUAGUUAUAUAGUUAAAAUCUGUUUAAUGGUCCAUGUGUAUGUUAGGCUUAAUACUCUAAAUUUUAACUCUUUAUUCC